UAAGGAUGGAGUGACAUUUAUGCAAUUCUAAGCUAGAAUCUUUUCUUUCCUUAACAGAUGCAGCAGCUUUUUUACGAGAAUUAUGAACAGAACAAGAAAGGGUACAUUAGAGACCUCCAUAGCAGUAAAAUCCACCGAGCGAUCACCUUACACCCCAACAAAAACCCACCCUACCAGUACAGGCUACACAGUUACAUGCUCAGCCGCAAGAUCGCUGAGCUGCGCCAUCGCACAAUCCAGCUCCACCGGGAAAUCGUCCUGAUGAGCAAGUACAGCAGCACAGAAAUCCAUAAGGAAGACCUCCAGCUGGGCAUCCCACCCUCCUUUAUGCGCUUUCAAGCCCACCAGCGAGAGGAGAUCCUGGAAUGGGAGUUUCUGACUGGGAAAUACUUAUACUCAGCCACUGAUGGCCAGCCUCCCCGGAGAGGGAUGGACUCGGCGCAGAGGGAGGCCUUGGAUGACAUUGUCAUGCAAGUGAUGGAGAUGAUCAAUGCCAAUGCCAAGACCCGGGGCCGCAUCAUCGACUUCAAGGAGAUCCAGUAUGGUUACAGACGUGUGAACCCCAUGUACGGGGCUGAGUACAUUCUGGAUCUGCUGCUCCUGUAUAAGAAGCACAAAGGGAAGAAGAUGACGGUCCCCGUGAGGAGGCAUGCGUACCUGCAGCAGACCUUCAGCAAGGUCCAGUUUGUGGAGCACGAGGAGCUGGAUGCCCAAGAGCUGGCAGACAGGAUCAACCAGGACUCUGGAUCCCUGUCGUUCCUGUCUAAUUCCCUGAAGAAGCUUGUUCCCUUCCAGCUUCCGGGAUCCAAGAUGGAGCACAAAGAGCCCAAAGAAAAGAAGAUAAACAUUCUGAUCCCUUUGUCUGGGCGCUUCGACAUGUUUGUGAGGUUCAUGGGGAACUUUGAGAAGACAUGUCUCAUUCCAAGUCUGAACGUGAAGCUGGUCAUUCUGCUUUUCAAUUCUGACUCUAACCCUGACAAAGCCAAGCAGGUUGAACUGAUGCGAGAUUACCGAGUCAAGUACCCGAAGGCUGACAUGCAGGUUCUGCCUGUGUCAGGAGAGUUCUCAAGAGCACUGGCCCUAGAAGUAGGCUCUUCCCAGUUUAAUAAUGAGUCUUUACUCUUCUUCUGUGAUGUGGACCUGGUGUUUACAGCGGAGUUCCUACAGAGGUGCCGAGCCAACACAGUGCUGGGGCAGCAGAUCUAUUUCCCAAUCAUCUUUAGCCAGUAUGAUCCAAAGAUUGUUUAUAGUGGGAAGGUUCCCAGUGACAACCAUUUUGCCUUUACUCAAAAAACUGGCUUCUGGAGAAACUAUGGGUUUGGCAUUACUUGUAUUUAUAAGGGAGAUCUUGUCAGAGUGGGUGGCUUCGAUGUCUCCAUCCAAGGCUGGGGGCUGGAGGAUGUAGACCUCUUUAACAAGGUUGUCCAGGCAGGGUUGAAGACAUUCAGGAGCCAGGAGGUUGGAGUCGUUCACAUCCACCACCCAGUCUUCUGUGACCCUAAUCUGGAUCCCAAACAGUAUAAAAUGUGCUUGGGGUCGAAAGCGUCAACAUUUGGGUCCACACAACAGUUGGCUGAAAUGUGGCUAGAAAAGAAUGACCCCAGUUACAGCAGAGGCGGCAGCAACGGCUCUGCCAGGACAGCCUGACUCCAGCCCCACUGCGAAGGACGCUUUUAAUUGCCUAAUUUAUUUUUAAAAACUUUUUUGUAUAAUCAGUUUUUGAAGUCCAUACAAGGAUAUAUUUUCCAAGUGGUUUUCUUACACAGGACUCCUUUAAGAUUGAGCUUUUUGAACAAAAAUGUGAUCAAUAUUUGCCUUUGAACACACCUUGCUGAACACUAUGUAGCACUUGCUUAAUCCUGACUUGAAGCACACCCGAUGAACAAAACUUUUAUAUGAAAAUUUUUUGGUUUUUGGUUUUUACAUUUCUUUUUCAGACUACGUCCCUUUCUCUGUUGUCCAAAGGGAGGAAAAGAGAACAUUCCUAAGAAGUAUUAUCAUCGUGAUAAGAACACUGUAACCCUGGCCGAUGUUCUGUUGAGACUGUUAACCUGACUCUGGUAAACAUUCUGCUGUGACUGUUAACCUGUUACCUUUGCACAAAUUCCACCUUUUUCCUUUUUUUUUCUCCAUCAGUUUUUUUUUUUUUAAAGCCAUCUUGAGUUCCAGUCACAAAGUAAGGAGACAUGAUAGUAGUUCUGUCAUCACUCUCCCCAGGACAGCUUUACAAAUUUUUAUCCCCACUGUGUUCCACCCACUGCGGUCACACAGGCUAUUCCAAGCGGGUGAUGGAGGGAAGCACAGAUGUACUGACCCCACUGAAAUCCCGCGGCCUAAAGGGACCUGGCACUGAAGUCCAAGAAGGACUUGUCAUUUUCUCUGCCCUGACCUUUCUCUUUAGAGGGUACAGUAUUAUUUAAGGUGACAGAAUGGCUGUUAGCACUGUAACAAAUGCAAGCUAAACAGACAAACCCCUGAUGGAAUGUGAGGGAAGCUGGGGCUUUGCGCUCUGUCCUGGGCUGUGGAUGGAGACGACUGCUUCAUUUUUUAAUACUGGUCUUUCUAUCUUGUUAUCUGAAAUACCUUUAAUUUAUUUAAUACCCAUUGUUUAGAUCUCUGCCUUUUUGAGUACUUGUCAGUUACUAGUAUUUAUGUGUACCAUGAGUGUGGUUAGAAUGUUUUAUUUGCAGUAAACUGAUCUCCAAAGAUUUCCUUUUGAAAACACUUUUUCUUCAUCCUUAAUUUUUACAUUCCCGUCUUACUAAAGAUUAAGUGUUCUUUGAUAAUUUUGGUGCUCAUGUGUUUUGGGGACAAAGGUGAAAUGAGUUUGUUGUUAUACCAGAGUGUUUUGUUUUCAACUCACAGAUCCAAUGUGCCUUAAUAAUUUGUUUUCAUUUAGAGUUCAGACAGUUGAUAGAUUUGCCAUUUUUAAUAUACAUUGUUGGAGAUCUGCUUAUUUGUAAAUAGCCUAUUGCACAUUCGAACAAAUAAACCAGUGGACAGUAUUUUUCUAUUGUACUUUGCA